CUCUCUGUAUUCUCAUUCUCCUCAUGUGGCUUCAUAAAAUCAAAAAAAUAAUUUUAAAUUCUGAGUUAUUUUCGGUUUUGUCAUUCCUCGAUCAUCAUCAAGCUUUAAUGAUUUCACCAUUCUUUUUCACGUUUCAUAACUACCCGUGUCUAUGCAUUAACUGUGGUAGACUCCUCAUCUGUUUUCAUGGCAAAUCCUUCGCCAACAGUAUCUGAAUACAUGGUAGUUUUAAAGUCUAUUGUGGAGCGAUAUAGAAAACCAACAAAAUCAUCUCACCCGAACGUUCUCCUCAGCUCUCUUGAUCGAGGAAAACUAUCUACUACCAUCCAAAAAUUCUCCGAGCUGGACUCGCAUAAAGAACUAAGGACUUGGCUGACAACUCUAGAAAAACCAGUGAAUGUAGAAAUACUAUGGCUCCUGAACAGAAAGUAUGUUCUUCAAAUCUCUUCUUAUUUAUAUCUCUUUGAAAAAUUUCAUGAUUGUUUUGUAAGAGACCUUGUGCUAUUAGCAACAGCUCCUGAACGUGAAGAAUAUGCCCAGAAAAUCUUAAUUGAUAUUCUGCUUCAGCUUUUGUGCGUUAAUGAUGCGGUCCCCUCUCUGUAUCAAAUAUACCAAUCACUACAGAGCAAAUUUAUCAAAGAGGUCAUCAAAAUCCUAUACACUGAAAAUGCGCAGACUGUUCACAAUUAUUUAGAGGAUCUCUCCACUAAGUCUGACUUCUUGGAAUCAGAACGGAAACGUUUUUGUUCCUCCCACCUGACGGAACUGUUGAGUUACGAUCCAAAGAAAAUUUCUCUAUUUGAUGCAAUAUCUGAUCAAAUUGUUUGGUUUGAGUACAAAUCACCAUCAAGUGUUUUAAGGCAGUUUGUUUACAAUCUCCUCAAAGUUUUCUCAUGCAAGGAAGUUUUUGAACAAAUUUUCUCUGUCAUCAGCGCUUCUAAGUUCAACUUACAAAAAGUUCUUAACUUCAUUUCUCUGGUAUGCACGCAUUAUGGAGAAAAACCAUGCUUAGAAAUUGUGGAGGAACGAUUUUGUGGGGCAACCACAGACCAUAAUGAUCAUAUGGUAUAUGUGUCUUUGUUAUUUAUCCGUCAGAUAUUUUUACAAGACUCUGUCUCUUUUCAAAAAUACGCCAAGUGGUUCAAGAGUUUACGGUUGAAUAAUGCUCAGUUCAGCUUUCUCUUCCAAUGUUUAACAAGGAUUGUGCCCUAUGAGCCUCCCUUGUGUUUGAAAAUUCACAUCAAUGAGUUCCCGAAUGUGCCAUGUCGAACGACAGUUUCGGAUUAUAACUUGCUUGUAAAAACUCGACUCAUGGACCUAAAGGAAACUAUGGAGUACCAGGGAAUAUUCUAUCUCUCAGAUAAGAGUGGGCAGAAAGCAGAUCUCCGGAAAAUCAUAUCUCAUUUUGUCGAGACUGGAGAGGUAGCAAAAUUACUAAUCGAAGCAUCUGUUUUUCGAAGGCAGUAUUUUAACAAUGUGUUUCUACCCUACCUGCUUGGUAGCGAAAGUGAAGAUCUUGAGGGGAAAACAAAAUUCAUUGAGCGUUUGAACAAACAAGGCUUAAUUCCGUCCUUCCGUUAUGUACAGUGGCAAAAAUCUCUACGCAACAGGUCAUGAAGGUUAGUUUUAGUUUCAGCCAAGGGGAUUUCCUGAAUCUAAAUUUUCUUGUUGAAAACUUGAUAAGAAUACAGGUGCACUGGCCUAUUA